AUGACUUCGCCAAUUAAAGAAAAUGAAGAAAAAUUGAGAAAUGUAAAAAUUGAAGGGGAAGAAGAAGAAGAGAAAAAGGAUGAAGCAAUGGAAGAGGAGAAAAAAGAGGAGGAUGAGCAACAUACGGGGGAAGAGGAUGAGGUAAUUGUUGAUGGUGCUGUACGUGGUCCAACCGAAGAAUCGGAGGAAUAUACAGAACAUGAAGGUGAUGGAUUCUAUGAGGAAGAAGGGGAAGAAGAGUCAAGUGAAAAUGGGCACAAACCUGAGGGACGUGCAUCUAAAUCUUUAGUUCAACUUACACAACGUUUUAUUGGAUUUUUACAUACUACCCCUGCUGGUUUGGUUGAUUUAAAUAAUGCGGCCGAUAAAUUAAAUGUGACACAAAAACGUCGAAUUUAUGACAUUACAAAUGUAUUGGAAGGGAUUGGAUUGAUUGAAAAACGUUCGAAAAACGUUAUUUAUUGGAAAGGUGGAAAGUUUCGAAAACCUGGAGGUUCAGUCGAAUUAUUGCCUGGGGAAGAAAGUAAAAUGUAUAAAUUAAAGUCAGAACUGACCGAUUUGGAAAGAGAAGAACGCUUAAUUGAUACACAUUUGCGGUGGAUGAGACAGAAGGGCGAUAGGAGCUUAUUACGAGUCCAGUCCUACCUCAAAAUCAUAACAAUUUUUUGUACCCCCUUAAUUUUUUUGUACCUUAGCAAAAUCAUAACAAUUUUUUGUAGUCUAACCUUUCAUGAACCUUGCGGUAGGUUGGGUUACACAGAAAAAAUUUUAAUUUAUAUUCAACAUGAAUUCUAA